AUGGCAGGAUACAACAAACCACUGUCAUCGGCCACCAGCGGCCUGGCCUUUUCUCGGCUACCUGCCGACGAGAUCAGAAGGAUAUCGGUCAAACAGAUUCAUGUCACACCUGCUCUGGAUUCCAUGUUCGGACCUAUACCAGGUGGUGUUCAUGACCUUGCCUUAGGUGCCAUUCAGGCGCUGGACGCAAACUGUUCGACAUGUCGCAUGAACGCCAUCCACUGCGCCGGACAUUGCGGGCACAUUGAGCUGCCAGUUCCUUGCUACCAUCCCCAGUAUAUGGACUCGAUUAUGCGGCUGUUACGAGCCAAAUGUGCUUACUGUCACCGCUUCAAGGCAGCAGCCAAUUACAUAAACCAGACCAUCUGCGCUCUACGACUGUUGCAAUAUGGGCUUGCGGAGGACUACCAAAACAUCAAAGCCAUGCAUCUUGGUGGGAAAAAGCCCAAGAAGGCAAAGACGGACAAUAUCGUCGAAGACAUAAUGGAAGACGACGGAGAGGAAGAGAUCGAAGAUUUGAUUGACCGCAGGACAAGAGCCACCAACAAGGCGAUCAAGAGAGCACGCAAAAAGGGCCAGAUUGACCCGCAGGCGCUUAUUCGAAACCCUGUGGCGAUCGCCGCCCGCAAAAGUGUUAUUGCGGAGUUUCUCAAAGAGAUACCUAACCUGAGGAAAUGCGCGAACUGCGGUGGUGCGAACCACACAUAUCGCAAGGACAGGAACGUCAAGAUUUUCAAAAAGCCCAUGGCAUUGAGGAUGAAAGAGGAAAUGCGUGUGAUGGGGAGGAAAGCUCCGAACCCGCUCAUUUUCCUCCAGUCCGAAAGGAAACAAAAGGAGGAAGUUAAAAAGCCACGUAUCAACGGGGUGCACGAUGAAGACGUUGAUAUGUCCGAUGCUGCAGAGUCCGAGACGACAGAGGCCCAUGGUGCCGAGGAGGAGAUUGCAAUGCGAAACGCCUUGGAGACAGCGGCACAGUCGAAGAACGCAGAGUUGGAGGACGAAGACGAUGUGCAGUCAUACAUGACGUCUACCGAGGUGUAUGCUGCUCUGACGCUCUUAUUCGAUCGGGAACAAGAACUGCUCGGUCUGAUCUACGCGUCCCAACCCGGUCGAAAACACUCCCCUGUGUCACCAGAAAUGUUUUUCAUGACGGCUGUCCUUGUUCCCCCGAAUCGGUUCCGUCCUCUUGCAAGGCAAGGGCCUGAUCAGAUGCUUGAGGCACAAGCCAAUACUGUGCUCAAUAAGAUCAUCAAAGCUGCCAACGACGUCCGACAUAUUCUGCGUGACAUGAAGAGAGCCAAAACCGACGGCUCUGUGCGUCCACGUACCUUGAAUGAGAGUAUCCAGGCUGCAAUUGUCCUUCAAGAGACUGUCAAUGGCCUUAUAGACUCGCCACCCCCAGCUUCCGGCAAGCCAUCAGAUCAAGGCAUCAAACAAGUUUUGGAGAAAAAGGAAGGCCUCUUCCGGAUGCACAUGAUGGGCAAGCGGGUGAACUUUGCCGCGCGAAGCGUCAUCUCUCCCGAUCCGAAUAUCGAGACCAAUGAGAUCGGCGUACCUCUGGUCUUUGCGAAGAAGCUGACUUAUCCAGAACCAGUCACGAGCCAUAACUUUGAAGAGCUGAGCAAAGCCGUGAUCAACGGUAUGGACAAGUACCCAGGUGCAGCUGCCAUCGAGAACGAGAACGGGAUGGUCAUGAGCCUCAAACGUAAGACUCUGGAACAGCGGAGGGCUCUGGCAAAGCAGUUAAUGACUGCCACGGUUCCUGGUGCGAAGGGCGAGACGGGAAAGAAGGUGUACCGCCACCUACAGACGGGUGAUGUGGUUGUUAUGAAUCGACAACCUACAUUGCACAAACCCUCCAUGAUGGGUCAUCGGGCCCGCGUCCUGACGAACCAGAAAACGAUUCGAAUGCACUACGCCAAUUGCAACACCUACAACGCCGACUUUGACGGUGACGAGAUGAACAUGCACUUCCCACAGAACGAGCUGGCACGCACAGAAGCACUGCAGAUUGCCGACACUGACCACCAAUAUCUGUCUGCUACCGCUGGAAAGCCUUUACGAGGUUUGAUCCAAGACCAUAUCUCUAUGGGUGUUCAGUUUACGAGUCGAGAUGUGUUUUUUGACAAAGACCAAUAUCAACAAUUGCUCUAUAGUUGUCUGAGGCCGGAAGAUUACAACACCGUCUACGAGAAAAUCCAGAUGGUGGAACCUGCCAUUCUCAAGCCUCGAAUGCUAUGGACUGGUAAACAGGUCAUUACGACUGUCUUGAAGAACAUCACGCCAGAUCGAUUUCAUGGUUUGAAUCUGACGAGCAAAUCGUCGACAUCAUCCGAGCAAUGGGGUGAAAAGACAUCCAACGAUUCUGCAAAAUGGACGGUGACCAAGGACAGCAUUGUCUUCCGAGACACUGAACAGAUUGUGAUCUUCAAAGACGGCGAGCAUUUGUCUGGUAUUCUGGAUAAAAAUCAACUGGGUCCGAGCGCUGGAGGUCUCGUUCACUCUGUCUAUGAGAUCUACGGCCACAUUACAGCAGGUAAGCUGUUGAGUAUACUGGGCCGUCUGCUUACCCGGUUUCUCAAUGAGCGUGCGUGGACGUGUGGGAUGGACGACCUUUACUUGACCCCAGAAGGGGACAAACAACGACGUGACGAAUUAACCAAGGCUAAGCGGAUCGGGUUUGAAGUUUCUGUCGAGUACGUCACGCUGAAGGUAGCUCAAACUGUGGAAGAAGACCCAGCGCUCAUAAGCCGACUGGAAAACGUUGUUCGCAAUGACGACCAGCUCAACGGCCUGGAUCAGAUGUACAAAGCCAAGGUCAAGUCGAUCACAGACAAUGUCUCCAAGUUCUGUCUGCCAAAAGGUCUUCGCAAACCAUUCCCGCGAAAUCACAUGCAGGCCAUGACCAUUUCUGGUGCCAAAGGAUCCAGUGUCAAUGCAAACUUGAUCUCCUGCAAUCUUGGUCAACAGGUUCUGGAAGGGCGCAGAGUGCCUGUUAUGGUCAGUGGUAAGACGCUACCAUCUUUCCGUGCGUACGAGACCGAUCCUGUUGCCGGUGGAUACGUGUGCGGUCGUUUCUUGACCGGUAUCAGACCUCAAGAAUAUUUCUUCCACGCAAUGUCUGGUCGAGAAGGUUUGAUCGAUACCGCGGUCAAGACAUCGAAGUCUGGCUAUCUGCAGCGCUGCAUCGUCAAAGGUCUAGAAGGGCUGCGUACAGAAUACGAUACUUCUGUGCGAGAAAGCUCGAAUGGAAACGUCAUCCAGUUCCUCUAUGGAGAAGACGGCCUCGAAGUCACGAAACAAAAACAUUUGAAGGAGUUUACAUUCCUGGCUGAAAACCAUCAAUCAGUCGCCACCCUGAUGAAGGCAGAAGAAGUGCUUCUUAAGAUUCCGAACCAAGGAUUGGCGGAUGAACAGAAGACCAUCUUGAAAUCCACGAAGAAAGGAAGGACGAAGGAUCCUUUGACGUCUCUUUUCACGCCAGCAAGCCACUUUGGCAGUACCUCCGAGUCGUUCGCUACGGCGCUAAACGCCUAUGUGAAAAAUAACCCGCAGAGGCUGAUUAGAGACAAGAAGGCCAACAUCAGCGGCAUCGUUAGCAAAAAGACCUUCCAGUCAAUCAUGGAUUUGAAAUACAUGAGGUCGAUUGUGGACGCUGGGGAGGCGGUUGGUGUCGUCGCAGCACAGUCAGUGGGUGAACCGUCUACUCAAAUGACCCUGAACACUUUCCAUUUGGCGGGUCAUUCGGCGAAGAACGUCACGCUUGGUAUUCCACGGUUGCGGGAAAUCAUCAUGACUGCGAGCGCCAAAAUCAUGACACCCACCAUGACUCUCAAGCCGAUUGAAGAGCUCACCCAGGCAGAGGGUGAACGCUUUGCAAAGAGUAUCAGCCGUUUGUCGUUGGCGCAUGUUAUCAACAAACUCUUCGUGACUGAACGAGCGGGUGGUGGUGCUGGUUAUGAGCAUGAGAAGAUCUACGACAUCCGAAUUGAAUUAUAUGACCCGGCAGAAUAUGAAGAGGAGUAUGCGAUCCAACGCGCGGACGUCUUGCGAUGUUUCGAGAAAAGGUUUUUACCCAGACUCGAUAAGAUGAUCAAGGACGAGUUCAAGAAGAAGGCCCGAGAGGCUACUUUGUCGGAGACUACUGCAGCCGUACCGGCCGUCGGUGUUUCGGUUGGCGUGGUGGAAGAGGCCCGAACGACCGGGACGCGGGCCACAGAGAGAGAAGGCGGCGAGGACGACAUCGACGAGGAUGCUGACCUAGAUGAUGCGAAGGACGCGGCAGCGAGGCGCAGACGAGAGGACACAUUUGAUGAACCGGACGACGAGGAGAAGGGCAUCGCGAACGAGUCUGGCGACGAAGGCCUGAGCACAGAUGAAGAGCCAGAAACACCUUCGAAGAAGCCAAAGAAGUCAUUGCGGGCUCCUAAAGCGUCCCAGACACUGCGAGAACAAUAUGCGGAUGACGACGACGGCGAAGAGAACGACGAGGCUGAAGACAUGGACUCGGAAGAAGAAGCUCGACAGGAUCAACUCAAGGCCAGCCUACCGCACCUCGAACGGUUCAGCUUUGCCCGCAACGAGGGGAAAUCUUGCCGCAUUGUGCUCAGCUAUGACUCCAACACUCCUAAACUCCUGCUGCUACCGAUGCUCGAGAAAUGCGCUCAUCUGGCAGUGAUCCAAUCGAUCCCCGGCCUCGGCAUGUGUACCCAGUUCAUGGAAGAGGUGAACGGCCCUGACGGACGGCCCGUCAAGCAGAUCAACAAAGAGACGGGAGAGGAAGAGUCUGUCAAGGAGCCAGUGAUCACGACCGAAGGCGUGAACCUGCUCGCGAUGCGCGACUACCAGGACCAGAUCUACCCUCAUUCGCUGUACACCAACUCGGUGCACGACAUGCUCAAGUUCUACGGCGUGGAGGCGGCUCGCAUGACCAUCAUCAAGGAAAUCGACGGCGUCUUCAAGGGCCACGGCAUCACCGUCGAUUCGCGCCAUCUGAACCUCAUCGCCGACGCAAUGACCAACUCGGGCUCAUACCAGCCUUUCAGUCGGCACGGUCUGGUCCGAGAGGGAGGCAGCGUGCUCGCCAAGAUGAGCUUCGAAACCGUCAUGGGCUUCCUGAAGGAUGCGGUGCUCUUUGGCGAAACCGACCCUCUGCUGGGGCCGAGUGCCAGGAUCGUUGCUGGACGGAGAGGCAAUAUUGGCACGGGUGCCUUUGACGUGGUGAUGCCUGUGCAUUGA